CGACGCCGCCCGGCCGCUGCUCGAUGCCCACCGCGCGCUGCCGCGCCCCCUCUUCCGGCUGGCGAUGCCGCUCGUCGCCAGCUUGAAGCGAGUCAAGGACCGCGUGUGCCGAUGAGCCGCGCGCCCGUAGCGCGCCCCCGGCGCUGCGCACUAGCGCGGAAUGAUCUCGACUCCUCGCCUCGCGCGUGUACGGCUGUUGCGCUGGCCCGACAUCCGUCGAUCUGUGUCUCGCGCGCUGCGCGACGCCUCACAUCCCUUUCGUCGUUUUCGGUUUGUCGUUUGUGUUUACCAGUACC